AUGUCCACCCAAUCCCUAGUCACUCUAGGCUUUGCCGUUUCCUUCAUCUUCCUCUUUUGGACCCUGUCCUCCACAAGCUCCUCGCCCUUCACGCGGAGCUUCCCCCGACUCUACAACAAGCGCAUAUGCUUAUUGAUCGCACACCCCGACGAUGAGGCAAUGUUCUUUGCGCCGACGGUGUUGGCUCUCGCGAGGCCCGAGUUCGGCAACCACCUCAAGAUCCUGUGUCUGAGUAGCGGUGAUGCCGAUGGCCUCGGUCACAUCCGCAUGAAAGAGCUCCAGAAAAGCGCCCUCCAACUCGGCCUGCGCAGCGAAUCGGACGUCUUAGUUCUCGACGACCCCUCCCGCUUCCCCGACAGCAUGACAGUCACCUGGGCAGAGUCUGAUGUCGCCUCUGUCCUGACGUCGGCUUUCGCUCCCGAUCCCUCCCCCUCCUCGGCUUCUUUGCGACGCAAACAAAACACCACCAAAUCGGAUACGCCUCCCGCAGCAACCAUCGACAUCCUACUCACCUUCGACCAGGGCGGCAUCAGCAACCACCCCAACCACCGCUCCCUCUACCACGGUGCCGUCCACUUCCUGCGCUCCCUCAUGAAAGACAAACCCGGCUACUCGUGCCCCGUCACCCUCUACACCCUCACCUCAACCAGCAUCUUCCGUAAAUACAUCGGCAUCCUCGACGCCCCCCUAACCAUGGUCAAGGGUGCACUGGGGAACGUCGCCACCCGCCUGUCCGGCACAGGUCGUAAGGCAGGAAAUGACUCCCCAGCCCGACUCCUCUUCAUCAGCUCCGUGAAUGAAUGGAUGAUUGCCCAAUCGGCCAUGAUCAAGGCUCAUCAGAGCCAGAUGGUCUGGUUCCGAUGGGGUUGGAUUACUUUUGGUCGUUAUAUGGCUGUUAAUGACCUGAAGCGGGAGAGAGUUAAUUAG